CGCCCCCGCCAUCGGCGCCCUGGUCCGCCUGCCUGGGAAUCUCCAGACUGUGGCGAUCUCCAGGACCUGAGGUUUCUGGAGCUUUUCGUGGCACCGCUUCGUCCCGGAGGUGAUCCCUGUGGGUUUGAGGAGGAGUUCCCGGGCCCCAGAGAGGCCCUGCCCAGUAGCCUGCAGACGGUAGCUGUGGACAGACUCAUCACAGACUCAUCGCACUGGUUUCCAACCACUCCCCGCAGGCUCCUGUGGCUUGUGAGCCCUCAGCAGAUGUCUGCCACUUCCAGCAUGAGGGUCUUCCUGCCUGUACUCCUGGCAGCCCUUUUGGGUGUAGAACAAGCCCAUUCUCUGAUAUGCUUCUCCUGCACCGAUCAGAAGAGCAAUCUGAAAUGCCUGUGGCCAACGGCAUGCUCGAGCCGAGACAAUUACUGCGUCACGUUAUCUGCUUCGGCUGGCUUCGGGAAUGUCAACCUUGGCUACACCCUGAACAAGGGCUGCUCCGAAAUCUGCCCUCGUGAGAACAUCAAUGUCAACUUAGGGGUGGCAUCUGUAAAUAGUUACUGCUGCCAACACUCCUUCUGCAACAUCAGCACAGCUGGCCUCGGACUUCGCGCCAGUAUCCCCCUGCUGGGCCUGGGACUCCUGCUCAGCUUGCUGGCUCUUCUGCAGCUGGAUCCCUGACCAUCCCCAUGUGUUUCCCCAUAUAUCCCCCCCAGCUCAGGAAGAAAAGCACAGCCCCUUUUAGGUCCCAGGGGACUCUAGGAGCCUUCGGCUCCUCCUGGGUGUGUCUAGUCCCCCUCUACACUCUCAGCAUCAGGGCGAAGCACCAAAUCUAACACCACAUCUGCUCUGUUGAAAUGGGACUAGCUACCCUUGUGUCCAGAGCCCAUCCUGUGACCACCCUUGGGGGAACCAGGAAAGGGGUGAAAAUCUUCCUUGGAGUCUCAAGAGUAUCCAGGUCAGGCCUCAAUCUUGUGGACACACUCACAAGGAUGUCUAACCAAACGAAUGUACACCUGUGUGCUCAGUGUGUCUGUAUGUGAAUGAAGCCACUUGGAAUCUGGGAUGGGCAAAGGGGACCUGGAAGAUUCUAGAGUGGAAGGCCUCUGUCUCCACCCAAACUCCUUCCCCUGGCAUGACUGUGCCCAUGUUGUACUCGAUUCAGGAAGCUGCCCAUGGAGGACUGCCUGCCACUCCUCCCAAUGAAGGCUCCCACCGCUGCAUCCCGUUGAGUCCCUGCCUCCCUCUCUGCCCACACCGGCUUCCUGCUGCUAUUCUAGUGCCUCAAAUAAACUGUUCCCACCCGUUC